GCUCUAGUAUAGUGUUCUACAAUCUUGGUGUUUUACUUAAACUGUAAAUCUAAAAAUUAAUAUUUUAUUUAGCGUUUUAAAUUUCGUAACUUUAAUAUACCAUUUAUUAAUAUCUACUUGAAAAAUGAAGUUAAAUAGCCUAUAUUUUUUUUUAACAACAUUGAUUUGCGUUAUCAUUUUAGCGCAUGCAGCCCCUCCUGGCAUUGAUGACCCUCCUGGCUUUGAAGCAAAUCGUUUGCCUCACCAACCACCAUUUGUAGUACGACCAGCAGCACCACCAGCAGCCCCACCAGCAGCCCCACCAGCAGCCCCACCAGCAGCACCACAACCGCCUGCACCGGUAGCACCACAACAGCCUGAUAACUAACGACAGUCAAAUUUACCAAAAAAGCUGCAAUAUCCAAAAUCUGUGUCACAUUUUGAAAAUACAUAUGCUUACUGUAAAAUGAUCAUCUUUGUUUAUCAUAAUUACGUUUCGACCUUCCGAUUUUUUUGUUAACUAUCAUAUAAAUUAUAUUAUAUCUAUUACAUAU